CCAGAAAAGUUCGCGUUGAGUUAAGAAUUCAUGAAUUCAGUAUCAAGAAGUGUUCUCCAUCCCUGUUGUACUUCGUUCGUAGUAAUUGAUAAUCGAAUGAGUGUUUGUGAAACAAUAUAUUUUUCAUUAUUGAGCUACGUAUACCUUGCAAAGUUAAAUAAUAUACAUUUGCCUUAGGAUUAAUAUUACUCACAGUCAUAAAUUUAAAACGCUGCUCUUCCAAAACGUAAAGAAUCGAAUCAAGUGCCUGUAACAUUUACACGCUUUUGUUUUAUUAACUUAGCUAUUAAAUCGUUAUUAUCGAGUAUUUCGUGUUUUUGUGCAGAACUUGCAAUGGUCCGAGCUGUUUUCUAGCAUUGUCCAGGCCGAUACAACUUUUUGCAUGAGGUCGCGGCGGCGCUGUGGUGUCCGCAUGGAAGGCAGGCGGAUCGGUGAGACCGCGCCGCACAAGCAGGCGCAGCACCGCCGCGUCCGGCGCGCCCCGCCGGCAUGGAUCGCGCGCGCCGCCCGUCGCCGCCGGAGCCCGCGCACAAUCGGCCGCUCCAAGGAGGACCCGGCCAAACCCAGGCAGAGGCCCCGCCAGCGGAGGCCUUAAGCGAACCAGAGACUUUGCGGCUCGCCCCGCGCGCGCUCCCCUCCAUACCUGAGAGCGAACCUUUGCUUACUUGCGUAAAUGUCGUUAGUGAGAAUGUGCCGCGAAGACCUGUUGGUCGGUUACACGUACAGUUCGACGCGCAGUCACCGCUCGCCGCCGGCUCCGUGUCCGGCUCCGGCUCCAGUUCGAGCUCGAGCUCCGACGAUGAGGAACUGUCGAUCGCCGAGGCGCGACCCCCAGACGGCGGCUGGGGCUGGGUCGUCGUCUUCGCCUCCUUUAUGGUCAACCUCAUCGCCGACGGAAUCACGUUUAGUUUUGGAGUAUUUUACCCUCAUUUCUUGGAGUACUUCGGCGAGGGUAAAGGCAAGACGGCCUUAAUCGCAGGAAUAUUUAUGGCGAUGCCCCUCCUCUCGGGCCCGAUUGCCAGUUUUUUGACGGAUAGAUACGGAUGUCGUCGAAUGACGAUUUUUGGGGCUAUUUUGGCAUCCAUUGGAUUUGUUAUAUCAGCGUUCGUUGAUAAUGUGGAAACGCUUUUCCUCACUUUCGGCAUCAUGGCCGGCUUCGGACUGAGUUUGUGCUACGUGGCGGCGGUCGUUAUCGUGGCCUAUUAUUUUGAGAAAAAGCGUUCUUUAGCUACUGGUAUAUCGGUGUGCGGCAGUGGAAUCGGAACGUUUAUCUUUGCACCCCUGACGCACAUCCUGCUGGAGGAAUACGGAUGGCGAGGAACCACGUUGAUACUGGCCGGUUUCUUCCUCAACAUGGCCGUAUGUGGUCUGUUAUUCCGCGAUUUACCAUGGACCGCGACGAUGAACGAGGAAAGAGCGAAAGAGAGAAAACGAAAGAGAGAACGAAAACGAAACAAACGCUUGGCGGCUUCAGUCGACAGCAUUUCGGAAAGUAAGAGCAGCGCCGGUGGCUCGGCGAAAGUAGUCGAGUCUGGAGAUAUAGAGACGGUGUCGUCUCCGAUUGUACCGCAAUUUAGUUCUUUAGUGGAUCUGCCAACUUUCAUGACGGGCGGGGAGGGCGUGUCCCUCGAAGUGUUCGAAAUGAUGUCCAACAAAGGCAGGGCGUACGCGAUCAUGGCGCAGAAUUACCCGGGCAUGAUGUUACCUUCGAGGAGCUUCAGCGACAGCGGCCGGCUGCACGAGCAGUCCCCACCGCGGGUUUUGACGUCACCGGGCACCGCGUCACCGGGCGCCUUGUCUCCGUCGUCGGCACCGCCUCCACAGGAAAACAACAGCAAUUCUGUGCACCUCGGGGACAAAGCCGCCGUGGCUCUGUGGCUGCGACGUCAAGCGGGCGGCAGCACCAAAAAGCCUCCGGCGUUUUUAAAGGACUUGAGAAUACAUCGGCAUUCCUUAACGUAUAGGGGUGCUAUGUUGAACAUAAGCAGAUACCGGCUGCGAGCUUCGUCCUGUCCUAACAUCUUCAGGAACUCUAUGACCACCAUCGCCAAAGAAAAGGUGCAAUGGUACGCAGGUCUGUGGGACUUCUGGGACCUGGCGGUGGACGUGCUUGACUUCUCGCACUUCAAGAACCCUGCGUUCCUCGUGUUCACGUUGUCCAAUUUCCUGCUUUACAUGUGGUACGACGUGCCAUAUGUCUACAUCGCUGACAGCGGCAUCAGCCUCGGCUUCAACGAGUCACAAGCCUCCAUGCUCAUCUCUAUCAUAGGAAUACUUAAUAUGUUCGGAGAGAUCCUGCUGGGCUGGGUGGGGGACUGGGAGUGCGUGAACGCGAGCGCGGUGUACGCGUGCUGCAUGGCGGCGUGCGGGGCGGCGACCGCGGCCAUGCCGCUGCUGCGCGGCUACGUGCCGCUGGCCGCCGCCGCGGGCGCGUUCGGUGCCGCCAUCGCCGCCAACUACUCCCUCACCUCCAUCAUCCUCGUGGAGCAGAUCACGCUCGAGAAGUUCACCAACGCGUACGGUCUGCUGCUGCUCAUACAGGGUGUUGCUAACCUCGCCGGACCGCCUCUCGCCGGUUGGAUCUACGACAUGACGAACUCGUACGACCUGUCGUUCUACUUGGCGGGGGUGUUCAUAGCGCUGUCGGGGCUGGUCUUCAUCAUCCUGCCGAUCUACAACCGCGUCAAGAGAUACCACCAUCUGCGCAAGAGUCGAGCCUCCACCUCCGCAUCCGCAUCCGCCUCGGCAUCCGUCUGCAGUGAAGAACCCAACAAGAUGGCAAACGGUAACCUCAAAGUAAAUGGUAAGCUUCUCGUAUGAUAUGUCACUGUGGAAUGGGUAAUUGGUUACCGGAGGACUAAUUUUACACUCCUUUACCUUCCCACUCUUUUUUUAUAAAGAUGGGACUGGGAAGUGGAUUUGAUGGAGGAGUGGACGCAUAGGUGAGGGAAAUAUCUCUGUCUGUCCGUCUCCUCCUCCCUCGAUCUUGUUAUGUACAAAAAGUACCAUAUUUUCUACAAUACUUUUGGUUACGAUAGAUUGUAGAAAUAGUUAUGAUUGUAGAAGAUUUGAUCGAAAACUUGGAACGAAGUCGUGUGUUUUUAUAUUAUAGUAAUUUUAUUAUCUUUGACAUUUUCUAAAUCUUAACAUUAAAAGAUUAACUUUAUCUAAAAUAAACCACUAAUUAGAUAUAUUGAAUGAAUAGUUAAAAAUAACAAUAAAACUUAUAUAAUUGAUUAUAAGAAAGUUAUCUUAUUUAUUAAGAUUAUUUACAGUAUUUUUAAAAAUAAUUACACAUACUGUAUAAGUUAACUGCAAAAUAAAUGUAGAUUUCUCAUAAAGUGAAAGAAACUGUUGUUUUGUUAUUAUUACUGAAUGAUGUCGGUAUGUUUGUUCUUUCGAUGACAUCUUGGAGUCAUUUUGAAGAGUGUGGUGUCAUUUGUGUUUCUUAUAGUACAGUUAUUGGAGUUCAAUCACUUGAGUUUUUUUAUUACGUAACCAUAACUGUGUGAGUGUUUCGACUUAUUAUGAAAUUAAAUUAGAUAGAAAUGAAAAAUAUCGUAGUGGAUAGAAAUGGAGAAUAUCGUAGUCGAUAGAAAUUGAAAGUGUGGUAGUGGAUAGAAAUGAAAAAAUGAUAAGCAAAAUUGGCUUACGUAUGAAUGACGUGUUUUUUUUAAAUAAUAAAUAUCAUAUCAGAUGUAUCACAUCAGAUAUGAUAGAAAUGUUGAUAGUUUUCGAUCCAAGUGAAAUUAUGAUGCAAAUUAAAUAAAACAAUUGGAAGAACUCAAAAUAUCAUUGUAUUUGGUAUAGGAAUUUACUAGUGUUGCAAUUAGUAAAAAUCAGAGGCACCCUCAAAGACUGUUCCAUAUUAAAAAUCAAUUAAUUUAAAAGAUUUUCCCGUAGUAUUUAUAGUAACAGUAAUAAAUAUACAAAUAAUGCAAACAUUUGUGUUCUAUAUUUCAUCGUAUUUAUAAAACGUUUUAUUGUAAAGAAGUUUGUGUGUAAUUGGUUGGAAAAUUAUUAUAAUUAGAGUGUUUAAAAACUAAUAAAUAAGUGAAAGUUGAAAUUAACUUACAGAUAUGAACCUUUAUUUUGUAAUUUUUAAAUAUACUUUUGUAUUUCAUAUUACAAAUAAAAAAAAA